AUGCUACUGAGUGAUGGAGAUGGAUGGCAUAUACAGGCAAGUGUCAGAGAUAUCGUGCUUUACUCGUGUCUGAACAUGCUGAAAAAGAAUUGUUUUGACCUCCUCGUGGUCUGGUUGAUGAACAAGAUGCAACACUCGCUCCUAACGCUCCAGUAA